AUGUAUUUCCUCCUUGGAAACCUCUCAUUCUUGUACAUCUGUUAUACAUCAUCAUUCAUCUCCCCAAUGCUCAUCAUAUUUAGGGCUAAGAGAAAAUCCAGCUCCUCCAGUGGCAGUGCUCUGCAGAUGGUUGUCUCUCUUGGUUUGGGCUCCAUUGAGUGUGUCCUCCUGGGUGUGAUGGCCUAUGACCAGCAUGUGGCCAUCUGUAACCCACUGAGGUACCCCAUCAUCAUGAACAGGGUGCUGUUUGUGCACAUGGCUGCAUGGUCUUGGAUCAUAGGCUGUCUAUACUCCUUAGUGAAAACAGUCCUAACAAUGGCAUUGCCUUUCUAUAGGAAUAACAUCAUUAACCAUCUUACUUGUGAGAUUCUGGCUCUUCUUAAACUCAUAUGUUCAGAUAUCUCCAUGAAUGUGCUUAUUAUGACAGUGGCAAGCAUUGUAUUGAUGAUUCCUCUACUGUUAAUUUUCAUCUCCUAUGUUUUAAUCCUCUCUUCCAUACUGAGAAUUAAUUCUGCUGAAGGAAGAAAAAAAAUCUUUUCUACCUGCUCAUCCCACCUGACUGUAGUCAUUUUAUUCUAUGGUUCAGCCCUUUUUAUGUACACGAUGCCCUAG